GUCCACAGCCAAUCAGCACGAGAUUGCAUCCCUGGACAACAAGAUCCAUGAAACUAUCGAGUCGAUCAACCAACUGAAGAUCCAAAGAGAUUUUAUGCUUAGCUUCUCCAGGGACCCCAAGGGCUACAUCCAGGACUGGAUCUGUUCCCAGAACCGGGACCUUAAGCUGAUGACAGAUACAGUAGGAAAUCCAGAGGAAGAGAGAAGAGCAGAGUUUUAUAACCAGCCCUGGUCUCAGGAAGCUGUCAGCCGCUAUUUCUAUUGCAAGAUUCAACAACGAAGACAGGAGCUUGAACAAGCUUUGGCAAUUCGAAACACCUAAAAUAUCUCCGUUUCAAGAAUAAGUUGACAACUAGUUUGCUUCACCUGUGGCUUGGUCACUUUUAUUCUGGUGAUAUCCACACUGGGCAGUUUUCCAUGGACAUGAAAGUAUUAGACCCCUUCUCAGAAUGAGGUUUGGACGGAUUUUUUAACCAAUGAGGGACAACAAAAGUGUAAUUGUACUUUUAUUUAAUGUAUGUUUACUGUACAGUUGAAUGUAUAUAACCUCACAGUACAAUGAAUUCAAGAAAGUGGCUUGGAAAUGCCACUUUCACACUGAUAACACACAAAUACAGCAGCUAUCUUCAUUG